AUGUCUUCCGACGUCGCGAGCACUGGCGAUGGCAUAGGCACAAGCGCAGUCAAGGGGGUCUCCACAGUACCUGCGACGAGCAGUGCGGCCUCUACCAAACCGUUCGAUGUAUCCAGUGCUCUUGCGGCGCUCAGACACGAGAAGAAGAACGACAACCUGCACAGCCUUCCUCCGAACUACACCGUCCAACGCCGGCCGCUGAACCAUGCGCCCGUGACCAACAUCCACGCCGGCGCUUCCGUGCCCAAGGUCGUCUACGUGUCACAGCGCACACCGCUCAUGUCGGCGAUCAAGCGCGUCAAGAAGAUACUCUCACUCAUCGAGAAGCGCGCGAUGCAGGCCGCGGGCGUGACCAUGGGGGCCAAGGACCGAAGACACAGGCUCAAGACCGCGAACGACGUCAUCGUGACGAACAAGGAGGAGGUGCUGGUCAAGGCCAGUGGGCGGGCCAUGGGCCAGGCGCUCAAGGUGGGCGACUGGUUCAAGAACAAGGAGCAGGAAUAUCUGUGCGAUGUCGAGGUGCGGACGGGGAGUGCGAGCGUCGUGGACGAUAUUGUUGAGGUUCCAGCAGACGACAAUGACAGCGACGAAGACGACGAUCACGAAGGGGAAGAGCCUACCAAGGACGAAACGACCAUCGUGUACGGCGAGACGACGUUGGAGAUCAUGGGAGCAGGUGAAACGAGCUCGGCAGAGCGCACCAGGUCUAGUGGUGCUUCUGCUUCUGGGCAGACGAAGGAAUCUGACUCCGGUGUCAUCGACGUGCAGAGUCAAGAGAAGAAGAAUAAGCCUGCCAGAAGGAAAAAGACGAAGAAGAAGCGGAAGAGGCCGGUUUACGAGGCAGACGAGGUGCCAGAAGCGCGCUUGAGGUGGAUCAAGACGGUCGAGGUCGCCAUCAAGCUCCAAGGCUGA